AUGUAUCUACAAAGUCAUACUCCGGAUUCUCACAUGGAAAAUGCUACAUGCUCGGUAAAAGCAGUUACAGCAUCGUAUGCUAUUUCUAAUCUUAUCGCGAAAAAUUCGAAACCAUUUUGUGAAGGGAAAUUUAUAAAGGAAUGUCUAAUCGCUGCAGUGGAAUCGUUUGGAAACUCAAUGACUAUUGAAGAAGCUGCUAGCAUUCCUUUAAGUGACAAGACAGUUAAAUCUCGAAUAGGUGAUAUUGCUUCUUCAUUAGAAACAAAAUUAAAAUCUUUAUUAGAAUCUUGUGCUUUUUUUUCAUUAUGUCUCGACGAGAGCACCGAUAUACGACAUGUGAGUCAAUUGAGUAUUUUUGCUCGAAUCGUUCAAAAUGAUUUUUCACAUGUUGAGGAGCUCUUAGAUUUUGUCCCACUACAUAAUAGAACAACAGGUAGAGAUAUUUUCAAUGCUGUUAAUAAAACAUUGCAAAAAUUUGGUAUCGAUUUUUCUAAAUGUUCAGCUAUCGUUACUGAUGGCGCAAAAGCAAUGAUUGGUCCAAAAAUGGAUUUUUCGGACAGUUAA